AUGCUCUUUGACGGCCCGGCGUUAAUCUCGAUUUUCGACAACGACUUUAAAUCGGCACUCCGCGGCAAGUCUCUAAUAAACACGAGCUCGAUCCCUUUGGAAGUCAGCGAGCAAGUAGCUGACCAUGUUCACAAAGCGGGAGGCAACUUCAUCGAAAUGCCGGUCAGCGGCAGCAAAAUCCCGGCGGAACAAGGCAAAUUAGUGGGUCUCAUGGCCGGCGAUCCGGCCCUCGUGGAGAGGAUGCGGGCGGUAGUGGAGCCGCUUACUACCGCCGCCGUGUAUUGCGGGCCAAUCGGCUCAGGCUUGAAGACCAAGUACGCGGUCAAUCUCUACCUCAACACCAUGACGGUCGCUCUUGCAGAGUCGUUCAGUCUCGCUCGGGCGCAGGGCCUCGAUCUCGAUGCUUUCGGGCAGGUACUCGACGCCGGACCCAUGGCUUCCGCGUAUUCCAAGAUCAAGGUCGCCAAGAUUGUCAAUGGGGAUUGGAAUCCACAAGCAUCUAUGAAAGAUUGCUACAAUAGCAUGCAGCUCAUUACCGAAGCCACGAGGCGGGCGAAUGUACAGUCGCCUCUGGCAGAGUUGUGUCGUUCAAUCUACGGACAGGCGAGCGAUGCUGGCCUGAGCGAGCAGGAUAUGAUUGCGGUACAAAGGGAGCGUUGA